AUGUCCAUGCCUCCUAUUGCUGCUUGGAAUGUUCGGGGAUUUAACAAUCCCAUCAAAGUCAAGUAUUGUAAGGAUCUUAUUGCUGUCCACAACAUUAAGCUUCUUUGUGUUUUGGAAGCUAAGGUUACUCUCUCUUCUGUUUCUGACCCUUGGUUCUCCUUCUCUCACUCCUUGUUUGAGAAUGAGAAAUGCUGUGAUAAUUUUAACCAUUCUACGCCUGGUAGAAUUUGGGUUAAAUGGGAUGAUGCCCAUGUGAAUUUUACUCCGUCUUUCUCCUCUUCACAACUGAUCCAUGGUCUUGUUGGUGCUGGUUCUUUUCCUCCUUUCUACAUGUCGGUUGUAUAUGCUGCUAAUACGGUGGAAGAGAGGAAAGUGUUAUGGAAAGAUCUUCUCAACAUUUCUUUUAAUUUGAACUCUCCAUGGAUUAUUAUGGGUGACUUCAACUGUUUUAGGUUUGGUGGGGAAAAAGCUGGUGGUAUUCCAGUGGCUAAUGAUAGAUUGGGUGAACUUAACAAUUUUGUUUUUGAUGCUGGAUUGCAAGACCUUGCCUCUGUUGGGUUAUUUUUCACUUGGUUUAAUCAAAGGAGUGAUGAUCCUAUCCAUAUCAAGUUGGACAGAAUGUUCACCAAUUCUGCCUUCCUGGACUCCUUUCCUACGGCAUUUUAUAAAGUGGACACUUUUCCUGGUUCUGAUCAUGCUCCACUGAUUCUUAAUGCGUCUCUUUUCAGGAAAUCUGCCUCUAGAUUCAUGUUCAAAGACUUUUGGACCAAUUUUGAUGAGUUUUGGGAAUUAACUCAAAGAGCAUUUGAUAAACCGGUUACUGCUAGCCCUAUUGCGGUCUUUUAUGACUGCUUGAGAUCUCUAAAAAAUGAAAUUAGGGGGAAGACCUGGAAUUCUUCUAACUUUAUUUCUAACAGUAUUCUUGAGUUAAAAAAUGCCUAUUUCAACUGCAUCAAUGAUAUUCAAAAGGACCCUUUGAAUUCUGUUUUGAACUCUCAUCUUAAGCAUACUAGUGAGAAGUUGGCUAUGUUUCAAGCUGCUUGGUACUCUUGGAUUUCUCAACGGGCUAAAGCCUUCUGGCUAACCCAAGGCGAGGAUGAUCUUGGUUUUCUUUAUGCCAAGAUCAAGUCAAGGAAGAACAGAAAUGUGAUUAAAGAGCUUACUACCCCCGAUGGGGUUCUUUCUUCUCAUGAUGACAUUUCUAAAGCUCUUAUUAAUCAUUUCCAGAAUCUCUUCAAUGCUCCUUCUCCAAUCUUUGAAAGCUCUCAUAAUCUGCCUGUUGGUAAUUUGGUUCCUUCUCAUCUUUUGGAGGGCCUGGUGUUGCCGGUUUCUAAUGAUGAGAUUAAAAAGGUUGUGUUUGAAGGGGUGCCUUCUUCGGCUCCGGGCCCGGACGGUUUCUCCUUUGGCUUCUAUCAAAAAACUUGGCAUUUAUCUGGUUUUUUCUUAUGCAGAGCUAUAAAGCACUUUUUCUCUUCAGGGCAGAUGCCUAAAG